AUGCCCGGUCAAGCCGAUAGUGCUGCUGUAUUCUUCAAAGGUGUCGCGAAACCACGGAAUAUGAAGUCAUAUCUCGAUUUGAUUCAUGAAACGAAUAAUUUCCCUCAUUCGAAUACCGCUGAAAUAGAAUCUGUAAAGUUGAGUUUACCAGAAGGCUUCUACAUAUUGGUUUGGAAAGACGAAGAUGGAAUUUACCCCAUUGGCUAUGUCCUUGACCGCGUGGUAGACAAGCUCAGGGAGGUACCUGAGCAUGUGCGAGGUACGAUGGAAAUCAAUCCAAGUGACAGAACACUGCAACUUUUUCGCUUUCCUACGGAGGGAGAGCGAACUGCAAUGGCUGCAAGACUAGUAGCGUACUGGCGCGAUCAACAAACCUUCAAACUACUGAAGGGAUGGAGAGACGAACUCUGGCCAGUAUAUGGCAGAAGAGGCGAACUUCUUUUUAGCAUUGAACGGGCAGCCAUGGGUUUAAUAGGAACGAUGCGCUACGGCGCCCACAUGACUGCGUAUGUGGUCGAACCUUCUGCACCACAUGGCCUUUUGAUAUGGGUGCCGAGGCGGGCAGCCGAUAAAUCCACAUUCCCUGGUAUGCUUGAUAACACGGUCGCAGGCGGUUUGAUGACAGACGAAGAACCCUCGGAAUGCAUUAUUCGUGAGGCGGAUGAAGAAGCUAGUCUGGCCCAAGAUGUGGUACGACGCAAUGCUCGGGAAGUUGGGUCCAUCACAUACAUAUACAUCACGGACGAAAAGAACGUCGGCGAAGCAGGUUUCAUUUACCCGGAGUGUCAAUGGCUUUACGAUAUAGAGCUAACAGCCGGACUGGCACCAGCACCGAAGGACGGCGAAGUCGACGAGUUCUUGCUUUGCGACGUCAAUCAAAUCAAUGAGUAUCUAGCCCGUGGCGAUUUUAAAAACAAUUGCGCUCUCGUUAUGAUUGACUUCUUCAUUCGCCAUGGAAUUAUAACUAGAGAAAAUGAGCCUGAAAUAAGCCUUAUUCAACAAAGAAUGCAUCGCGAGCUACCUUUUCCAGGACCACACCAGGCAGGUUGGCGGCGAGAGAGGUGA